AUGGAAACACCAUUCUCUUCUCUCUUCGCACUAUGCUCUCUUCUUUCUGCAAUUACGUACUGCUGCUUGAUUUACAAUGCAACGUUAUUCCAUAAACUCCGGUGCUUCCUCCUCCCACUCCUGUCCGGUGAUGAUGCACCGCCAACUUACGCUGUCAUUGGCUGCCUGAUUUCCUUCUACAAGAACCGCCACCGUCUACUGUCGUGGUACACGGAUCUACUCUCUGCAUCACCAACCCAGACGGUGGUGAUACGCCGCCUUGGUGCUCGGAAAACCAUCAUUACGGCCAACCCAGAAAAUGUUGAAUACAUGCUUAAAACAAAUUUCAUUAACUUCCCAAAAGGAAAGCCUUUCACUGAUAUUCUUAAUGAUUUUCUUGGGUGUGGGAUUUUCAAUGUCGAUGGAGAGCUCUGGCACGCUCAGCGUAAGUUAGCAAGCCACCAAUUCUCCUCCAAAUCGUUGAAAGAGCACGUGGAAACGAUCGUGAAGGAAUCUGUAAAAAUGAAGCUUUUUCCGUUACUAGAUUCUCUGGCCGGCGGUAAGGCGGUGGACUUACAGGAGGUGUUGAGACGGCUGGGGUUUGAUAUUGUUUGUAGACUCUCAUCAGGGUUUGAUCCAUGUUGUUUGGGAGAUGAACAUUGUCUCUCCGACGAAGUGGAAAUCUUGAAAGCGUUUGACAAGGCGGGGGAGAUAAGUGCAAAACGGGAGGCGACACCCAUCUCCACCGCUUGGAAGUUAAAGAAAGUGUUGGGAGUUGGGUCGGAGAAAGUCUUAAAAGAUUCCGUGAAAAAGAUUCAUGAUUUCAUAAGCAAAAUAGUUGAUGAGCGAAAGAAAAACAUAACUAAAUCUGAAAGUAAAGAUUUAUUAAGUAGAAUGAUAAUGGAUGGUGUAAGUGAAGACGUUAUAAGGGAUAUGUUAAUCAGUUUCAUCAUGGCAGGAAGAGACACGACGUCGGCGGCGAUGACAUGGCUUUUUUAUGCACUAUCCCGGCAUUCCCAGGUAGAAGAAAAGCUUGUAAAGGAAAUAGGGUUUCAAUUCAAAGAAGAUGAAUAUGAAAACCUUAAAGAAAUGAAGUAUUUACAGACUUGUCUUUGUGAAACCAUGAGGCUAUACCCGCCGGUUGCUUGGGACUCGAAGCACGCCGUCUAUGACGACAUGUUGCCGGACGGGACUCCGGUGAAAGCCGGCGAUAGGGUCACGUAUUUUUCAUACGGAAUGGGAAGGAUGGAGAAGAUAUGGGGGAUGGACCGGUUGGAGUUUAGACCGGACCGGUGGUUUGAUUGUAAGCCGGAUGAGAAUGGAGGGACAUUGUAUUUGAAGGAGGUAUCGCCGUUCAAGUUCCCGGUUUUCCAUGCCGGUCCAAGGGUUUGUAUUGGGAAAGGGUUGGCUAAUGUUCAGAUGAGUUAUGUGGUAGCUUCGAUCGUGAAACGGUUCGAGAUCAGACCGGUGGUUUCAAGGGAGGAGGCGGUGUAUUUGCCGUUAUUGACGGCGCAUAUGGACGGCGGGUUGAAGGUGUUCAUACGGAGGAGACAGCAACGGACUGCUGCCACCUGUCAUGAUAACAAGAUAAAGAAGAAUUUAUUUGAAACUACAAGUUAA